AUGUCUGAAUUAAAAAUGUCUGAUUCAGUAGACUUAAAAGUGCGAUUAAAUGAAUAUGGAUACAAGUAUAAAUUUAUUAAAUUAUCAGAGCUGGUAUCUGACAAAAGAUAUGAAGUUACUGCUUUUGAACUUGUUAUUAUUAAUGGGUGGGAUAAAGUAUCUGUUGUAUUGGAUAAUAAAUAUAAGCUCAUUUUACCAGAUAGAUUUUUUAAGACUAUUUCUGAAAAUAUAUAUGAAAUGAAUGAUAAAGAGUGGUCUAAACUUUACCUUUAUUACAGGUAUAAAAAAAUACUUGAUAAUGGAGAUUCAUACCAUCGUAUAGAGUUUGAAGGUAAUUCUUUUGACACUACUGUAAUAAAAGUAUUAAAGAAAUUAAAUGAAGAAUAUUACAAAUAUACAAAAUUAUCUGAUUUAAAUAUCAAUGAACUUUAUAAAAUAACAACAAUUAGAAAAGUAAAUACAAAAUAUGGUGAAAGAGUUUCUGUUGUUUAA